ACACGGGGCGCACAGUCUGCCCGCCGCAGUCCGUCGUGCCGCGCGUCAGCCGCGUACAAAAUCGCCUCCACGAACAUCGGCGAAGCGUGUGUGUUGGCUUGGCGAGCGGUGUCGGAGUCGGUGGCGUCUGUACUCGGUGGUGAUGUCAGUGUCAAUAACGUCGCACCGUCGCACGGCGCAACACCGCGCUACCUAGACACUAACAUUCUUCUAAGCAUUAUAAACGCUAAUACGCCGGAACAAAUAUAUUCAAUAUCGCGACACCAGUGCAAAGUCCCCAAAUCAAUUAUUUACAUUUGUAACUUUUAUUUCUAUUACUUUCAUUUCUCGUUGUAUUAAAUAAUUUAUUUCGUGUUUGUGUGAGUGGUCAGAGGUGAUUUUGUGAUUGAUUGUGUGAUAAGUGUUUGUGUCUUCUUUGGGCGCACUUUGAUUCUGGAUUAAUUUUCAGCAACUGAUGCAACAAAUCCUACUCACAUGGUGGUCAGACAAACGAUGAAAGAAGUGGUGUCCAGUGAAAUCACGCGCAGCCAGCAUGAAGUCGAAAUCGCACACCAAGACCCCGCCUGCGCGAACCUGGAUCGAAUCGAAUUUUCAGAAAAGGGAAUGCAACACCUUUAUCCCGUCGGCCACAGAUGAACAGAGAUGUUGUUGCGGUCGUGCCGUGGGCUACCAUGGCCUCCAACCGCCUCAUCCUCUACACGUCGACGGCAUGUGGCUGCCGUCGAAGAACACCCGCACCUCAUCUACGGACGCCUUCGGCACCCUCGAUUUCCAGGGCGGGGCGCAUUCGACCAAAGCUCAGUACGUUCGUCUAUCGCACGACACGCGCCCGGAACUGAUUCUGCAAUUGUUCACGCGGGAGUGGAAUCUCGAGCCGCCGAAACUGCUUAUCACCGUGCAGGGAGGCAAGGCCAACUUUGAACUGCAGCCGAAAUUAAAGAAGGUGCUGAGAAAGGGAUUGCUCAAAGCCGCCAAGACCACCGGCGCAUGGAUUUUUACCAGUGGAACCAAUACAGGUGUUACACGACAAGUCGGAGACGCACUCCUGACUGAAAGAUCUCAACGCAGCGGUAAAAUCAUUUCUUUGGGCAUUGCACCUUGGGGCAUCAUCGAAAACAAUCAGGAACUCAUUGGAAUAAACAGGGAUGUUCAAUAUCAUUCAAUAGCUUCUCCAAGGUCGAAAUUAGCUGUGUUAAACAAUAGACACUCAUAUUUUCUAUUAGUUGAUAAUGGCACUCAGGGAAUGUAUGGUGCGGAGAUCGUGAUGAGGAAGAAAUUGGAAAAGUUUAUUUCUCAGCUGAAACUUCAUCCAUCUCAAGGUGUUAGCCUCGCGCAAAAGCGGCAGCUCGAAGGCACCGAAUAUACGUAUAGUACAACACCCGUGGUAUGUCUUGUGAUAGAAGGUGGGACGAAUACGAUAAGGGCUGUGUUAGAAUACGUCACCGAUGACCCACCAGUGCCGGUGGUGGUGUGCGACGGCUCCGGACGCGCCGCUGACCUAAUUGCUUUCAUGCACAAAUACGCUUCCGAUACCGACACGCCGGUGAUGGACAAUAUGAAGGAUUAUAUUCUAUCGUUAAUUCAGCGCUCUUUCGAAGUGGACAUUGAUAAAGCAGAAUGUCUCUAUGGAGAGUUAUUGCAAUGCACCAAAAGAAAAAAUCUAAUAACAGUGUUUAGAAUUUCGGAUCGACUUGAUUCUCGUGCCCAAGAAUUAGAUCAAACUAUUUUGACUGCCUUGUUCAAAUCACAGCAUCUUACGCCUUCCGAACAACUUUCGCUUGCGUUGACGUGGAAUCGUGUGGAUAUAGCCAGGUCAGAGAUUUUUGUAUACGGCCAGGAAUGGCCUAAAGGAGCUUUGGAAGAGGCUAUGAUGCAAGCGCUGGAACACGACCGCAUUGAUUUCGUCAAACUUUUGCUUGAAAAUGGUGUGAAUAUGCGAAAGUUUUUGACUAUUCCACGUUUAGAAGAACUCUACAACACUAAACAGGGUCCUAGUAACACUUUAGGCUACAUUCUUCGUGAUGUGAGGCCACAUAUUCCUCGUGGAUACAUCUAUACCCUUCACGACAUUGGGUUGGUUAUAAAUAAAUUAAUGGGUGGAGCAUAUCGAGCUUUUUACACACGUAGGAAAUUCAGACCGAUUUACGCUAAGGUGAUGAAUAAAACACCACAGAUUCAUCGUAAUUCAUCAUCGUUUGUGAGAUAUUCCGGCAAUGCAAUGAGUUUGCUAGCGGCGACUAUUCCACAGAAUGAGAAUCUGUGCUUGUUUGAUUAUCCUUUUAAUGAAUUGUUGAUCUGGGCGGUGUUGAUGAAACGUCAGAAGAUGGCGUCGCUUAUGUGGGUGCACGGCGAGGAGGCUUUAGCAAAAGCGCUGGUCGCUUGCAAGCUUUACAAAGCUAUGGCACACGAGGCAGCCGAAGAUGAUAUGGAAACAGAGGUGUAUGAAGAGUUGCGCAGUUACGGCAAGGAGUUUGAGAGUAUUGCCUUGGAUCUAUUGGAUUACUGCUACCGGCAGGAUGAUGAUAUGGCUCAACAGCUUUUGACAUGCGAACUCACCAAUUGGUCGGGGCAGACGUGUCUUAGCCUCGCGGUAGCGGCCAAUCAUCGGGCUUUACUGGCGCAUCCUUGUUCACAGAUUAUUUUGGCUGAUCUCUGGAUGGGAGGAUUGAGAACGAGGAAGAAUACAAAUUUAAAGGUUAUCUUGAGUCUUUUAUUUCCACCAUACAUUUGCAACCUAGAGUUUAAGACUGUAGAAGAGUUGCAAUUGAUGCCGCAGACUGAGGAAGAACAUUGGGAAAAUGACGAUGAUGAUGACCGCUCACAAUCCGAAAAGAGUCAAAGUCUUGAUUCUGAAGCUGGUUGUGACUCCGAGCGGGGAAGUUCCGGCAGUAUAAAUCCUCCUUUUUCACAUUUGCCGAUGCAGGAUCAGGCAUUGCUGUCGGAUAGUUUUAUCGCUCGUGAGACGAUCGUUCAAGAAAACGGAAAAGUUGUGCCCGACAUGGACGAAACUAAAUAUCAUUUCUCCUUCGAUGAGAGCGCCAAAUACCAUCCUGACAAGCGUACGCGUCCUCUUAAAUUAAAAAAGAAGAUCUACGAGUUCUUCACGGCACCAAUCACCAAAUUUUGGGCCAACUCCAUUUCAUAUCUGCUCUUCCUAAUCAUCUUCAGCUACACAGUACUAGUAAAAAUGCAACCGACUCCCAGCUGGCAGGAAUACCUUUCGAUUGCGUAUAUCUGCUCUCUGGGCUUUGAAAAAAUACGCGAAAUUAUAUCCUCGGAACCCGUGGCGGUCAGUCACAAGUUUGCAGUGUGGGCGUGGAACAUGUGGAAUCCGUGUGACGCUAUUGCGAUCAUCUUCUUCCUAAUCGGAGUGGCGCUGCGCGUCCGUCCGUCUACUAUGGAGGUCGGCCGUGUUAUAUACUGUGUCGACAGCAUAUACUGGUACCUUAGAAUUUUAAAUAUUUUAGGUGUAAAUAAAUACUUGGGACCACUGGUGACGAUGAUGGGCAAGAUGGUGAAGAACAUGAUUUACUUCGUGGUGCUUUUACUGGUUGUAUUGAUGAGUUUUGGAGUGUGUAGACAAGCUAUUCUGUAUCCAAACAAAGAACCUAGUUGGCGAAUCGCACGUGAUGUCUUCUUUGAACCGUACUUCAUGUUGUACGGUGAGGUAUUUGCCGAUUCAAUAGAUCCACCGUGUGGGGAAGGAGAGGAAACCGAAUGUUUAACAGGCAGGUGGAUAACUCCUGCUGUGAUGGCUAUCUAUCUCUUGAUCGCUAAUAUCUUAUUGAUUAAUCUGUUGAUCGCGGUGUUUAAUAACAUCUUCAACGAGGUCAAUGCAGUCGCUCAUCAAGUGUGGAUGUUCCAGAGAUUUACGGUCGUCAUGGAAUACGAACAAAAGCCAAUUUUACCACCACCUUUUAUUCUCAUAUGUCACAUGUACCUUCUGUUUAAAUACUGUAAGCGAAAAUUGAAAGGUGUGCGCGAAACUUAUGACAACGGGUUGAAACUUUUCUUGGAACCGGAGGACAUGGAAAGGUUAUAUGAUUUUGAAGAGGAUUGUGUAGAGGGAUACUUCACUGAGCAAGAAAUGAAGGUACAGCAGAGCAUGGAGGAUCGUAUCAAGGUUACUACCGAACGUAUUGAGAGCCUUUGUCAGAAAGUGGAUGAUAUUAAUACCAAAGAAAACACGCAGGCAACCUCUUUACAAUCUCUAGAAUUCCGUUUAAGGAAAGUGGAAGAAGUGGCGACGGAUAUUAUGAGCCACCUGGGUGUCAUCCAUCGGUUUAUGGCGACACGCCAGAUGAGCGACGAGCCGCCCCCACCGCCCAUUCAGGUGGAGCGGUUACGGCAUGCCAGUGAACGUUCCGAGGCGGCAAUGUCGGAUGAGUCGCAUAUGUCUACGUUACAACCAACUCUGCGGCGUAAGCCCACGCGAUCCCUAACGGAGGUGCGUCCCGAUGCGUAUAUAUUUGAUGACGGGGCGCACUUUGAAGUCAGGACAGUGGCGGAGGAGGAUGACGAACACAUGGACAUGGAUGUUAUGUCUGCGGCGGAGAGUCGUAUGGAGUUGCAUCUUCUUGACGAGCGGCAAAGGAGCUACGAGUCUAAAACAUCGCUAGAAAGCGAACGGGGAAUCGAAGCCGAUGAAGAACACGAUAAACUUUCAGCUGGGGCGUUGACGUUGGAUCCUCUGAAAUAUAGGUAUGCAAAUCGACGACGGGAUUCGUUCGGAGGGCGGAGGAACUCCGAAGGCGGAUAUGGAGAUGAGUCGAUUUCGAGUAGCAAGCGCAGCCUGUCGCGUCGACAACUAUCCCAAACGCAAUCCGAACCCGAUAAUUCCGAUCCGCUCGCGCAUCUCCCGACUGGGCGCAGCGUGAAGUUCGCCGAACCACAAAUCAACGUGAUCCCGCCCUCAAGCGGUGGAGGCGCACCCAGUGGUGUGUCUACCGCACCCACGACGAGUGCACACGCCCAUAAUCCUCGCGCGAUGCUCAUGUCGAUGCACACCGAGUAUACAAGCAUCACAGACGAGUUGGAGUCGGUGUGUGGCUUGUUGAGCCCGCCGCGCACGCCCCGUCUACUGUCACCGCCUCGGCCCGGACAGUCCGCACCGCCGCCCAUUCAUAAUCCACAUCGCCGGCGCUGCGCUUCUGAGAUGUCCAAUCCUGAGUUUGCCGUUUUCAUGGAGAAACAACAUCUACGCAACGCCGAAGAGAACGAUUACAAACUCAUGGAAGACCUCAUCCAAAGAAAGUACGAUGAGGAAGAGGAACAGUCACAGUCCAAUUCCAGUGUCUCACACAAUCCAGCUUUGCUCCAUGUAGUGCAGGAAUCGCGUGAAUUCCGCAACAAUCGCUUAUUACGCCGCGCCACCGCCAUUGAAGACGACGUCACUCCAACAUCGAGUUCAUCGGUUUUCAAAUUUACAGAAAGGCAAGGUUCUGAAGACAGUACAGAUCAAGCUCCAUUGAUGCCACCAUCGAUUCAACGCCCCACUAUUAUUGUGGAUUCGUCCCAGCUACCCAUUGCACAGGAACAACCCCGAAAGGCUGAUAGCAGAACUAGUUUGCACAUGCAAUCAGAGACGAUGUGUUGAUUAAUUGAUGAGAGGGCACCGAACGCCAUCCAACGAAUCAUACACCAAACGAAGCGUCCGAACGAACGAGAUCAAAAUAAAUGUUCACGAAAUUAAUUAAUUACCAACUAAACCAACGUGUCAGUCAGUCAGUCAGUCAGUCAGUAUUGAUCAUUGAUCAUUAUUUUGCAAAAUUCAGCAAUUAACAUUUUAUUCUGUAAGAAAAAUAAUUUUGUAUUUACCAUUGUGAUAAUUUCUAAACAAUGAUCAAUGCAACCAAUUCAAAAUUACCGACCUACACAUUGACAAUAUUUACUACUAGUCAUAUCUGUUUUGUUUAUAAUGAUCUGUGCACACAUAUUUAUUCACUCAAUCAACUUAAGUUACCCACGUAAGUUAGCCUAAACAAUUUUUAUAUCAAUCAGAUCUAGUUGAGAAUGUAAUGUUAGAGAAUUGAAUGUACAAUCACGAAAGUGCGAGCCUUUUUCAAAGAAAUCGAACGUAUAAUAUUUACAAAGCGACAAGUAAACACAAGUUUAAUUAAUCUACAUUUAAUUAAACAAAAGCAAACGAUAACUAGUUAUAUAUAUACACACACAAAUACACAAAACCAAGAGAUAUAUUUAUUAACUAAUAGGGUGUUUAUUAGCCGAUGCUCAAGUCGAAACCAAAUAUGAUAUAUGUUGAUUGUUCACGUCUUCAAAUUCUAUACAUAUAUAAAUAUAUCAAAAGUAUGUACUUAAAUGCAGAAAUUUAUUCUUACGUCGAUGGCAAUAUCUUACACACAAGUAUCUACAAGUAUGUACACGUGAUUGUUGUAAAUUGUAACGAAAUACAACUGUCUAUAAUUGUGAAGUAUUUUACGAAGUAAACAAAUGUGAGUGUCCUACAUUAUAAACAUAAUCAAACUGAAACCAACACACAAACACAGAUACACCUUACGCAAACACUUUUUGAGACUUUUCCCUUCGGGAAUCGACCUAUCUGAAUAUCUUAUAGGUUGUAGACAUAGAUACUAAACGAAUAAAGACAAUUUUAAUAUUCAUAUUUUCAACAUUAGGCAAAAAGCGAUAUGAUGAUGAUCUUUUACAAAGUUUUCUACUCUUAGUCUUUUCUAUCACCUCUUGUGAACUGUAGAGCCUUUCGAAACUUUUUGCAUAUCUUUAAUCAUUGUAUUUUGUGUAUAUUUAGUGAUAAGAACUCAUAUCGGUAGUGUUUCUAUUCGAAAUUUGAACUUUUAUUGCAAACAUUCAACAUUGAACACCAAUAUGGGAUCUAUUACCAAAUUAUUUUUAAAGGAAUGAAACAAGUUAUUUAUAUCCACGAUUUAAUUAAGACAAAAAACAUUGCAGUACAUGUGACUUAAGAAUUUUUACAGUUGUACAAAUUUAGUUAAUCUGUGUUUCUACUGUUAACUAGUUAAGUUAUUUGAGAUCAUAUUAUAACACCUACUUGUAAACAUGCAAAAUGAUUUCAUGUCGUUGACAACGAAAUGCGCACUGUUAUCAAUGCACCCUUCUCACAUUAUUUUGUCAACGUAACGAUGAAUGGCAUUGAUUGAGGAUUUUAGACAUAUGUGUUUACAUUGAGUUCUAAAGACAAAUAAACUCUCACACAAUUAAAUACAAUA